GCAGAUGCAUUCAUCGACUGCCCGCAGCCGACAGACCUGAAGGUGAAGACUGAGUCGCCGGUUUGCAAGACGGAGCCCUCCUCGCCCGAGCCGCGCCCCGCCGAGGACCAGACUGAACCCGUCGACCUGUCCCUCAACAAACCCCGCUCCUCUUCGCUCCCCGCCUUCACGACGAGCACCACGGUCAACCCCGCGCCCAGCAGCAUCAUGACUCACCCCAGCCUGCCCGCCACGCCGGUCCCCUCUGCGGUACAAUCGAUAGGCUCCAUGGUCCUGUCUCCGGGCUCGAUCCUGGCCACGCAGGGCGCCGGGGGGCAGCAGAUCCUGCACGUCAUUCACACCAUCCCCUCGGUCAGCAUGCCCAGCAAGGUGGGCCAGCUGCAGACCAUCCCCGUGGUGGUGCAGUCGCUGCCUGUCGUCUACACUACCAUGCCGACUGACGGCGUCGCCACGGCAGCCAUUACUGUCCCGCUCAUAGGCAGCGACGGGCGCUCAGAAGGAUCUGUUCGCAUUAAGCCAGGUUCAACGUCUCCGGUGGAGUAUCAGAGUGACAGCGAUGCAGAGAGCGGUACAGAGUCCGGGUCGGCCUCCCUCAGUGCUCAGAGCCUCGACGCAGGAUCGGUGAUGGACCUAGAGCCCGUCGAUCCAGAUUCGCCCGACAUCAAGAGGAGGCGAAUCCACAUGUGUGACUAUGAAGGCUGUAAAAAGGUUUACACCAAGAGCUCACACCUCAAAGCUCACAGGAGGAUACACACAGGAGAGAAACCCUACCACUGCACCUGGGAGGGCUGCACCUGGCGCUUCGCCCGCUCCGACGAGCUGACCCGACACUUCCGCAAGCACACAGGAAUCAAACCGUUCCGCUGCACCGAGUGCGACCGCUCCUUCUCGCGGUCCGACCACCUCUCCCUGCACCGCCGCCGCCACGUCAUGAUGUGAACUCUGACCUCCCCCGUCCCCCUCAAACACUUCCCUCUCUCCCUCGCUCCCCCCCUCACAGCACAUCUUGUACCAGUGUCCUCUCUCCUCGCCUCUGCCGACACGUUAGGAUAUAAAAAAGACGCCGCUCAUUCUUCGUCCUCCUCCUCUUCAUCUUGAAAUCGCAGGAACAUCAGGAAUGUGUCUGUUCAUGUGUGUGUGUGUGUUUAAAGACGUCAUCCUCUCCACCACCGUCCACCGAAUGUCCCAUCUUACCCCAAAACUAUCCCACCGGUCUCAUAACACGCGUCCUCAUGAGAGAGACGGAUGGACUGAAGGACAUCCAGCAGCAGGGACGCUCAUCCAUCCAUCACAUGCAUCCAUCCAGAGGAGGAGGAGGAGGAGGAGGAAGGACAUAUGUGUAUUGUCUUAUGUCUCUUCAGCUGCUCUUUUUUUCUGUUUGAUUUUUUAAUUGUGUACAUAUCCAGAGUUGGGAAGUUGUGUGAAGAAGACAAAAUGAUAUAUUUUAUCCAUAUAUUAUGGAUUUUGGAAGCGAAAUAAACCUUUUUCCACGCAA